AUGACAGCUAUCCUCAGCCAGAUGGAUGAUCAUCAUUAUGAUACAUACAUAGAAACCUUCACAGGAACCACUGAUUUAGUGGACUUCCUCAUGGAGUCAUUUCUGCUUUUCAAGGAUCUUAUUGGGAAACAUGUGUAUCCCUCUGACUGGAUGGCCAUGAUCAUGGUACAGAACAGAGUGUUCCUGAGAGCCAUCAAUACCUACGCCGACACCAUGAAUCAAAAGUUCCUCAGUAAUGAUGACUUUGAAGUACAGCUGUGGAAUAACUACUUCCACUUGGCUGUGGCGUUUAUUACGCAGGAGUCUCUGCAGCUUCAGCAUUUCUCACCAACGAAAAGGAACAAGAUUCUUGUCAAAUACGGAGAUAUGAGAAGGCUCAUUGGCUUCGCUAUUCGCGACAUCUGGUACAAACUAGGCAGUCAUAAGAUCUGCUUUAUCCCUGGCAUGGUCGGUCCCAUCUUGGAGAUGACUUUGAUCCCUGAUGAGGAGCUGAGAAGAGCCACCAUUCCCAUCUUCUUUGACAUGAUCACGUGUGAAAACACACAGUUUGGGAACUUCCAAAAGUUUGAGAAUGAGAUCAUUCUGAAGUUGGACCACGAGGUGGAAGGUGGAGGAGGAGAUGAACAAUACAUGCAGCUGCUGGAGACAAUCUUGCUGGACUGUGCUGCCGAGAAACACGCGCUGAAGCCACAGGUGCAGCACUUCGUCUCCUUGGUGAAAGGUCUCCUAAUUCGUCUCCUUGACUACCGCACCGUGAUGAGCGAUGACAGCCGCAACAACCGCAUGAGCUGCACCGUCAAUCUUCUGAACUUCUACAAGGACAUCAAUCGUGAAGCCAUGUACAUCAGAUACUUGUACAAACUGAGGGACCUCCACCUGGAGGGGGAAAACUACACAGAGGCAGCCUACACCCUGCUGCUCCACUCUCGACUGCUCAAGGCAAGACACACACAUUUAGACCUGUUUUGGUCAGAUGACAAGUGUAGCCCUCAGUUUGAAUUCCACGGCUCUCAAACACAGCGGCAACUAAAAGAAACACUCUACGACACCAUCAUUGACUACUUUGACAAGGGCAAGAUGUGGGAAGAGGCCAUCACUCUGUGCAAAGAACUGGCUGAACAAUAUGAAAAUGAGAUCUUUGACUAUGAAUUACUCAGCAGGAGACUGGAAAAACAAGCCAAGUUCUACGAGAACAUUAUGAAGAUCCUGAGACCCAAGCCUGACUACUUUGCAGUUGGCUACUAUGGACAAGGCUACCCUCCAUUCCUCAGAAACAAGGUGUUUAUUCACCGUGGUAAAGAGUACGAGCGCAGAGAGGACUUCCAGAACCAGCUGAUGAGCCAGUUCCCUAGCUCUGUUCGCCUCAACACAACCACCAUGCCAGGAGAUGACAUUAAGAACUCUCCACAUCAAUACAUCCAGUGUUUCACAGUGCAGCCAGUCUUGGAGAUCCCUCCUCGCCUGAAGAACAAACCAGUACCCGACCAGAUCAUCAACUUCUAUAAAUCCAACUACGUGCAGCGCUUCCACUAUUCCAGACCUGUGAGGAAAGGACCUGUGGACCCAAACAAUGAGUUUGCUUCCAUGUGGAUUGAACGAACAACCUUCACCACCGUGUAUAAGCUGCCUGGGAUCCUGCGCUGGUUUGAGGCUACUGACCUGAAACAUACUACCUUGUCUCCACUGGAAAAUGCCAUAGAGACCAUGGAAUCCACCAAUGAGAAGAUUCUGACCAUGAUAAACCAAUACCAGGCAGACUGGAGUCUUCCCAUCAACCCCCUCUCCAUGUUACUCAAUGGCAUUGUGGACCCAGCUGUCAUGGGUGGUUUUGCCAAAUAUGAAAAGGCGUUCUUUACUGAAGAGUACACUCAGCAGCACCCAGAGGACAGAGAGAAACUGAUGCGGCUUAAAGACCUCAUCGCGUGGCAGAUCCCAUUACUGGGUGGAGGAAUCUCUCUCCACGGGAAGAGAGUGACGGACGACCUGCGCCCUUUCCACGAGCGAAUGGAGGAGUGUUUCAAGCAGCUGAAGAAAAAAGUAGAGAAAGAGUAUGGAGUGAGAGAAUUGCCUGACCUGGAUGAGAGAAAGUCGACUCGCCCUCGCUCCAUGCUUCGCUCCUUUCGUCAGUCCAUAAUCUCCAUCUCAUCGCUGCAGGGGUCUGAAUGUGGAACGCCAACCAAGUCUCAUGUUGACAGAGACAUCCCCCCUGACUCGCCAAACUCAUGGACCAACUCCCUGCAGCGCUCCAGCGGCAGUGUCAGCAUGUGCAAAGUGGACGAAGGAGUGGUGACGGUCGGCGAUGCAGAGGUCCGAUUGAGGAGGAGCAAGAAGAAAAAGAAAAGAAGCAGCAUGAUCUUCAUCACAGAGGAAAGAGAAAGAACAAGCACACUGGACUGCAAGCGGCUGUCCAAGAAACAGGAGUUCCGCAGCGACACCAACUUGUCUGAGCCAAAUGAAGGAAAUGUGUCGCUUACCAAUGCCAACUCCAGAUCUCUGCCGGCCAUCACAGGGCUGUCCUUGACAGUGGCAGGUGGGACAGAGGAAGGGGACUCAUCCAGAUCAAAGAGGGACAGCAAGAGUAUGUCUGUCUGCACCACCUCGGACCGAACAACAGACAGACGCUCAAAGGGUGUCAUUAACCUGCUGUUUAAGUCCAAGGUAGACGAACGAGAUUUCACAGAGAAAAAUAUCCCAAAGAGAAUUGCCUGA